AAAAAAAACAGCAAGAGAGAAGGAGAAGGUCUGAAGGAAAGGCAGGGAGAGAGACAUUAAGAGGUUAAAAUCAGAUUCAGAAUAGAGAAGAAAGAACAACCAUCCUAUUUCUAAUAGAUUAUUGUUGCUUAGCCGAGACCAUCCUGAUUACAGAGCAACACUGAAUGAGAGAGCAGUGAGAGAAGACGGCCAGUGAGCAAGAGAGGACUCACUCACACAAACACAUGCAGAGGGCGUGAGACGCUGAAGGAGCUAGCGGUGUGUGUAGGCAGAUCCGUCCACAGGCUGCGAGCUGGAAUAAAGGAGGCUGUCAGCAGCGUUUUCUACCCUACAACAGGACUCUUUCCACCAAAUCCACCAUUUAUUCACCCAGUGCUCCAUUUGCCUGAAGAGAAAAGGGAAGACUGCAGAGAUCCUACUGCACAACCAACCGGUGGGAGGAGCUGAUGCAGUGAGAGGUGAGAGGACACAGGCCCCAGGUUGAUGCAGUAAAGUGCACUUUAAAAAAAAAAAAAAAAAAAAAAACGUUGAAGAAAAGGUGUUCUGGCCAUGGGGAACCUCAUUAAGGUCCUUGGCAAGGAUUUAGAGAACUGUCCACAUUUUUUCCUGGACUUUGAAAAUGCCCAGCCCACAGAGGCAGAGACAGCAGUGUGGAAUCAGGUGAGCGCCAUUCUGGAGGAGGCCCAUGGCAUACUGGCAGAGCUGCAGUCCUACAAUGGGGCAGGACAGGAAAUACGAGAGGCCAUUCAGAAUCCAGGUGACUUACAGCUGCAGGAGAAGGCCUGGAAUGCGGUCUGUCCUCUGGUCGCUAAACUGAAACGCUUCUAUGAGUUCUCCCUCCGUCUAGAGAAUGCGUUACGCAGCCUGUUGGAGGCACUCACAAGUCCACCAUAUGCCCCUAUGCAGCAUCUAGAGCGGGAGCAGGCACUGGCAAAGCAGUUCGCCGAGAUCCUCCAUUUCACUCUCAGCUUUGAUGAGCUCAAGAUGACAAAUCCUGCCAUUCAGAAUGACUUCAGCUACUACAGGAGGACCAUCAGUAGGAACCGACUAAACAAUCAACAGCUGGAGGCUGAGAAUGAGGUGAACAAUGAGAUGGCCAAUCGAAUGUCCCUGUUUUAUGCUGAAGCUACACCCAUGCUGAAGACGCUGAGCAAUGCCACAACCAAGUUUGUGUCGGAGAACAAGACACUGCCCAUUGAAGACACAACAGAUUGCCUGAGCACUAUGGCAUGUGUGUGUCGUGUCAUGUUGGAGACUCCUGAGUAUCGAUGCCGCUUUACCAACACAGACACCAUGCUCUUCUGCAUGCGGGUUAUGGUGGGCGUCAUCAUUCUUUAUGACCACGUCCAUCCAGUGGGCGCCUUCGCUAAGACCUCCAAGAUUGAUAUGAAGGGCUGCAUCAAGGUGUUGAAAGAGCAGCCUUCAAAUAGUGUAGAGGGCCUGCUUAACGCACUGAGGUAUACAACACGACAUUUAAAUGAUGACAGCACCUCAAAACAAAUCCGAGCUCUGCUCCAAUGAGAGAGGAUGAAGACAGCUGGGUGUUAGGAAGAGAGAAAAAUUGAGACGACAUAUGAAGGAAGAAGAAAAAGAUAGAAAUGCUGGAAUAUGCUACUUGUGGGUGACCCAACCUCUGAAAACUGUUUGUUUACAAGCGUGAAAACAUAAAACCCAUCUCAAUAUCAAUAACCUGGAAAAAAGUAAAAAGUAUAUAUAUUGUCAA